UCUUUGGUCAUUUCCUCACCUUAUCAAGAUCCCUUGAAUCAGGAAUCAUACUUGUAUGCAUUGACAUUCUCAGUUAUCCAAACUCCCUUCAUUUUGAAUAUCAAAAUUUGUAUAAUAAAUUUAAAGUUCAUUGAAAUUGACCCCAUUAUUUUCAGUCAAUAAUUUCAAAAAUUUCUUUGUACUUCUAUGCAUAGCCUUGAAAGUUGAAAGUAUCCUAUUUGUGGUUUACUUACCAUCAUCCCAGCUAACUACGCGAACCAAAGAGCAAAUCACUUUUAAAGAAUGACAUAUUGCUGACCUUUGUUCCCUUUUCUUUGUCUUCCUCUUUCUCUCCUAUUGGACUCCAAAAGCUCUAUUCUUGCUUGCUCUGCCCAGCAUUUGUUACAAUAUCCCCAAGAUUGUCCUACGUGAAAUCCUUAAUUUGUUCUUAGCUUUCCCUCAAUUCAUAAUUUUUUUUUCCAGAAUUCCUAAUUUUCCAUACAUUGAAGAUGGAAAGACUUUCCUUGGCCUAUGAAAGCUGUGUGAUUGUUGAGGAUGGGAAGGUUGUAGCAUCUGGGAGGAAUCGAACUACUGAGACACGAAAUGCUAAUAGGCAUGCAGAAAUGGAAGCUAUAGAUGAUCUUCUGGAACAGUGGCAGAAAAAUGGACUUUCAACCUCUGAAGUUGCUGGAAAAUUCUCAAGCUGCAGCCUUUAUGUUACAUGUGAACCGUGCAUAAUGUGUGCGUCAGCUUUAUCAAUUCUAGGUAUAAAGGAGGUAUAUUAUGGAUGUGCAAAUGAUAAAUUUGGAGGAUGUGGAUCAAUAUUGUCGUUACAUUUAGGCAACAAUAUAAAUAACAGUGAAGUAAAACCAGGAAAUGGUUUCAAAUGUACAGGGGGCAUAAUGGCAUCAGAAGCAGUCCUCCUUCUGCGGACAUUUUAUGAACAAGGAAAUCCAAAUGAUGACAAUGUUGUUAAGGCUACUACACACAUCACACAUGAUUCAUGAUGGUACACCGGGAUUCUGCUUUGCUGUGGCAUAGUGCUUUCAAGCAGGAGAAGCAGCCGAUGCAUGGUCCAACGGAACUUUUUGGAUCAAAGAAAGAUGAAUUAAAUGCCAUUACUGUAAGUGAAUGUUGCUGCAUUAGAAGUGCAAAUUAAUUGCCAAAAAGAUUUAAAGCUCUCCACUUUCACUAAUAUUGAAAUGUUUUGAGCAGUGAAUCAGAAAGUAAUUUUUCCCGUUUGGUACAACGUAGAUGUAGGAAGAUAAGAUCUCAAUGAUGAGAAUUGGCCUAGCAGUCAAAUUUAACGCCUCAUGUGAUAUGGAUUCUCAUAGAUGACGCAUGCAGGUUGGAGUAUUAAGUAUCUACACUAGCUUUAGGAUUUUCUACUUUAGGGGUUUGAUAGUUUUUUUUUCUUCCUAUUUUAUGUGGGAGAUUUAUUUCUUAUUUUGCAUUGUGAGACAUUAACUAACUCCUUACCCAGCUGGCCAGCUGGUAGUGUGAGGCACUAUAUUCCUAGUUUUUUGUAGGCUAGUUUGCUUCCUGAUUUACAUAUAAUGGUUUGCAGAGUCUUUUCUAGCAUCGUAAUUGUUUUUGGGCCUAUUAGUAUUGAGAAUUGUGCAAGGUACUUAAUCGAUAUUAGUUUGUGUUGUA